UGUACGAUCUGUCCCUUUUUUAAUUCGUUUAGUUAUUAACGCACAGGUUAGUUACGUGUUCAUUAUGGUGUUUUAAUUAUCCUACGCACAAAUAGUGAGCACAAAGAAAUCUUCGUGAUGUUUUAAUGCUGUAAAGCGGUGCAAAAAUUUGUGUUAAUUUCGACGAAUGGUGUCGUUUUUUUUCUUCUUUGCAUUCGACGUGUAGUAUAUGGAGUAAUAAAUUAUAGUGAGAAAUACAGUACCUAGCUACGAGUACGUAACCUAAUAAAAAAAUCCUGUCGCCUUGUCACGUUUCAGUAUCUAUAUCAUAUGAAGGCAGUUUUCUCGAAACUGUACAAAAACAGAGUCGAACCAAUGGAAGAUCAGCUGCCUUCCACGUCUACAUCAGUGAAGGAAGAACUACCUCAAACUUUCAACGUGCGUUAUCUCGGAUUCAGAGAAGCCAAAGGAUUAUGGGGAAUUAAACACACUCGUAAACCAGUCGAUACGAUGGUAGCAUCUGUGAAGGAAUCUAAAAGUGAUUUACAUAUUGUGAAAUUAAUACUCACCAAAGAUGGCUGUAAAUUGGAAUCAAUCUUCAAAGGCAAAAUAGAAACAAGAUAUUUUCCUAUUGAAACCAUCUCAUACGGCGUACAAGAUUUAGUAUACACGAGGGUCUUUGCAAUGAUAAUCGUCAAAGAGAAAUCUGAUUUCCCUCAUCAGAGUCCUUUCGAAUGCCACGCAUUCGUAUGCGAUAGCAGACAAUCGGCCAGAAAACUCACCUACACUUUGGCUACAGCAUUUCAAGAAUACAGUAAGAAAAUUCGAUCAGUUCCUCACACCAGACCAGAUCCUCGAAAAAGAUUCGCCAUCGAUUUACGAACACCCGAAGAAAUGCGAACUGAAUUAAGACAUCAAGAUUCAGAGGCGUGAUUUUCAUUGCCAUUCAUUUCACGUGCCAAAAAAAAAAGUUGAACGCUGCUUUGAGGUUUCUCAAUUUUAAAAGUUAGAUGGAAAAAAUUAAUUUUUAUAAAUACCCCUUGGAAAAAAAAUUUCACUGUAUAAAUUCGUGUAAAUAAGUUUGAACUUGAUCAUUUUUAUAAAACCGAAGCUCUGUUUUGAAAUUUUCUCGAUAUUUUUUCAUUAUUUGUUUCCUGGUCGGCGUGUUUAAUUUCAAGAUAGACAUCGUUGUUUACAUUUAUGCCUAGAUAUAUAAUUAAUUCCACUGUAAAAGAAAACAUCUUACGGAUGAAACGAAAAUAUAAAGUAUUAUUUUUCGACGUAA